AUGGAGUGGAGCAACGUUCUUGAAUACAAAAACGUUUCGGAAAAGUAUGUGCUCAGUGAGCAAGACAAGAAAGGUAUCAAUUGAAUCCGUUUGUCCCGCGUAAAAUUGGAAUUUUCAGGCGCAUUCGCAAGACAGUAUUUCGAGGUGUACGAAGCGAGAGUCAAAGAGCUGAAACCGCGGAUUCUGAAGAACGCGGAACGAAUUCUAGGUGUGUUCAUCUCGUUUGGCCGUUUAAAUUUACGAAAAUCUAUUCAGGAAAGGGGAAAUUCAAGUACACUCCGUUGAGUGAUGCGCAGCAAGACGAAGAAGUGCUUGUGAUCGGAGUGACGGUGAAACGGAUCGCGGCGAGACCGUCCAUCCUGAAGUCGUUGCUCAGCGAGGACAAAGUGGCGUACGACGACUACGAAGAGGACGACGACGACGAAGUGAAACGGUACGCGGGCAGCAGCGAGGACCGCAUCGAACUGGAGGCGGAUAAGCAGACCGCCCGUCUCGAAGGAGCCAUUUCCAUGGACGAAUGCGCCACUGGAUGCUGCGUCGGAGUGCUUGGAAAGCUAGGCAAAGAAGGCGUUUUCCACGUGAACCGCCUCAUUUGGCCGACCGUAAAAGCACCGCCGAAAGCAGAAGCCGAGGGAACUGUCGUGUUCGUCAGCGGACUGGAAUUAAGCGGAGAUGUCGACGAAGACGUGAGUUUCAGAGAAAGUGGAUGAUAAUCGAAGUGGUAUUUAUUUAGGCACUCACAAUCUCCGGAUUUGAAUUUAUGACGGAUUGGAUGAACGGCCGGUCUGGCGACGAGAACAAGUGUGCUCCAGUCGACAGAACAGUCAUCAUUGGGCCGUGCGUCGAAACGAAAUCGAACGGAUGCGAUGUGCAGUCCAUCGUGCGCACUCUCACCCUUUCCCGCCAAGAAAAACAGUCGUCUGCAAAGGCACUCAUCACCGUCGACAAACUGAUCGCAUCGCUGGUCGAGAAGGCGCACGUGAACACUGUCGACGUGACUCCGGGAGUCGGAGAUCCGUGCUCUUCGAUGUGGCCAUUGCCGCCCAUUCACAGAGUGUGUCUGCCACGUUGUGGACUGAGCGAGAAGAAAGUGAAUCUGGUGACGAAUCCGUACGAAUUCGAACUGAACGGACUGCGAGUGCUGACAAUGUCCGGAGAGAAUGUGACUGGAUUGCUGCGCACUUCGUCCAAAUGGACCGGCGGCGACGUCCUUGCCAACAUCCUCAAGUGGCAGCACGUGGCUCCGAACUGUCCCGACACGCUGGACGGAUUCCCCGUGGCCGACAGGUAACUUAUCUCUUCCCUCAAACAAGCAGUGUUCGGUUUCAGAGACCCUCUCGUCAUGGACACGAUUCCACACGUCAUCGUCUGCGGAAAUCAGUCCCAUGCCGAAGUUCGCCGCUUAUCAAUCGACGGCUCCGACGCCACGUGUCUUCUCAUUUGCCUGCCCAAAUUCUCAAAGAGUCGUGUCGCGUGCUUCCUCAAUCUGACCGAUCUCUCAUUGAAAUGGCAAAACUUUGAUCAUUCCUUCUAA